AUGGACUGCUAUUGGGAACCGUUUGAGCGCAUUUUCAUUGCCUACGGGUCAUGCAUUGAGGGUUUCUUGGGUGGCGCGACGCAUAUUAUGUAUGUUGAUGGAACUCACUUAAGCGGACCAUACAAAGGGACAAUAUUGUCAUCUUCAGCUUAUGAUGCAGAUAACAAGCUGCUGCUGUUUGCAAUUGCAAUUGUCAAGGGAGAAACACUAGAUGACUGGACGUGGUUUUUCUAUAUGAUAAAAAAAAUCCUGGGUUCUGUAGAAGUAACGAUUGUAUCAGAUCGACACAAUGUUAUCAUCGGAGGAGUGGCAUCAAUCUUUGGGAGUCAAAUGCAUGCCUUUUGUUAUAGACACAUCAAGGAGAAUUUUAGUUCAGAAGUUAUGAAAAUGAAUAAGGGGCAAACAAGGACAAAUGACCGAUCAAAGGAGGAUGCACUGCAUUUAUUGGAUAAAAUUGCAUAUGCAAGGACGGAUGAGAAAUUUGAAGCGGCAAUAGAUGACAUGAGAUCCUUUUCUUUAAGGCUAUUUGAUUGGCUUAUUCGUCAUGGGGAUGUAGAUAGGUGGGCUAAAAGCAGGUUCCCAUAUAAAAGAUGGGACAAUAUUACAAGUAAUAUAGCAGAAUCAUUCAAUGCAUGGAUGGUCAAUGAAAGAAAGCAUACUAUACUCCAAUUGAUCUAUGGGCACUGA